GCAUCUGGACCCAAGUGAAGGUUUGAAUAUCAAGACGCACAAGAAGGAUAUUUCUUUAAUUUUCCUAUCUUUGCGCACAGCUCCCUCUUCCUCCCCUCCUCUCUCUCUCUCUCUCUGGUUUCUCUGCGCUCUCUUGUGGACUCUCUUAAGGCACUUUGGAUAAAAGCCUCCGAAAGGAAUGGCAGAUUUCAUGUCUCUUAUCUGUCCUUCUCUGGGCAGGUGGUGAAGUAUCUGAAGGGAACGAAUAAGGAGAAGGAGGUAUUUUAUGGGAAUAAAAAAAAACAAAACAAAAAAAAAACCAAAUAACACGCUCAUCAGCUCUCCAGUUGCCACCGAGCCAUAAGUGGGGAUUUCUCGUUUUGUGGUUUAACCACAGGAGCGGACACUGUCCUCCUCACAUCCUCUGGUGUCUCUGUCGCUUUGGUCCAUUCUGUGGCUAAAAGGCAGGAGGAGACCCAGCUCUCCCCCUUCUAUCUCUCCUUCUCUCCCCUCCCAUCUGUUUGGAGGACAACCCAAAAGAAGCGACUGAAGGCUUCGCGUAUCCCUCUUCUCUCCCGCUGCUCGACGCGCUGCAGGAAGGUUUUCCAAAACUCAUUUCAAGUGGACUUUUUUUUUUUUGCCUGUGAUUUCAGCAGUAGAAGUGCCGUCCGAGGGAUCGCAUCCAGGCAGGAUAAAGGGAAGGUAAAGCAACUCUGACCUGUGAGGGACACGUUCCUGGAGAGGAGGAGAGGCAAAGAAAGACGCGGAGGAGAGGAGAUAAGAGAGGAGGGAGAUGGAGAACACACGCGGUCUCUUAUUUCGGGUGCAUUAGGAAUAAAAAAGAAAAACAACAACCUUCUCUUGCAUUGUUGCAUUUUAAAUAAUCGGAUUUGGACUAAGUUAUUUUAUUGAUCAGCUGAUUGUUUGCUCGAUUGACUGUCGGACAUCAUCACUCGGCAAACUUGGAUUUAAGAGGAGAGGUGAACUCUGCACUGUAGCCUGCCUCGUUUGACAAAGGGCUCUCCAACUGGACUGAUUAACUGAUUAAUCGAUAUAUCGAAGACAGCAACCUGCAAAGUUAACUUAUCUCACCAUUAAGGUUCAUUUUACUGCCGAUUUCCCUUUAAAUAUUCUGCAGUAAAACUUACAGUAAAGGUUAUAUACACCGAGGAAUGUUUAACUCCACUUACUGAUCAUAAAAUAUCAGAUAGUAACUGGAGAUACACUGACGCCCUUGUAGGACUAUUACAGGGAACCAUAAGGGUGCAAAAAGUACCAUAAAGUAAUACAAGAACGAAUACGGACUCGCGAUUUCUUCAACAGCUGCUCUGUAUGAAUAUUGUAAGAAUUUAAUCGAGAUUAUUUCAGUGCAAGUGCUUCUCGGGAUUCCAGUUUGGAGAUUGAAAGUUAUUUUUGGCUGCGCAAAAGUAGAGCGACUCUUCCACACCACAGCCCGGACAGACUGAACAAAGAGGUCUACCUGCGUGUCCCUGUCUCAUUUCCCGUCCUGAAAGACAGGAGCGGGACAGAAGAGAGAGAAAGAAGAAAACAGAGAGUAGGGGGAUGCGUAACUGCGGUUAAUUGGAGCAGACUUUAGCCUUCUACAUGGAGUAGGAGGGAGAGAAGAGGGAAGGGAAUUUCUGCCUCUCGCAGCCACAAAGGUUGUCUGUUAGAGGUUAUAAAUCUCGUCUUUUGGGGCAGAGAGGAGAAGGAGAAGCGACCUUCUAACCGCUGUUUAUUUACCCUUCUGUUCGCUUUGGAGAGGAGACGUUUAUCUCCAGGUCUGUAACGGAAGACAGUGUCAGAGGUGGGAUUAUUUCUCCAGAUUUUUUUUCCCCCAACUGGCCAAGAUUCUGUCAUCAACGCCGCUCGGAUUCGGAUUAGUUCAUCCCAAACAGCAGGUAAAGAGGAUACCACGCUCCGAUUUUACGCGUGUGUGCGCGCAUGUGUGGUGCCAGUGGAGACUAGAGAGAUGAAGACUUUGUCCCUGCUCUUCCUCCUCCUCCUCCUCACCUCAGGAGCCUGUGAUGACGUCAAGUACAUCUCCAAGAGGAACUCAGUGGACGGCUGCAUAGACUGGUCUGUGGAUCUGAAGGAGUACCACGUUCUGGCCGGUGAGCCUGUCCGGGUCAAAUGUGCCUUGUUCUACAGCUACAUAAGAACCAACUACACCAUGGCCACCAACGCCAAGCUGCGCCUCAUCUGGUACAAGAACAAAGGAGAUGCAGAGGAGCCCAUCAUCUUCUCAGGUCACAGGCUGAGUAAAGAAGACGACUCCAUCUGGUUCAGAUCUGCUGAAUUAGAAGACAAUGGAUUCUACACAUGUGUUCUAAGGAACUCUACAUACUGCAUGAAAGUGUCCAUGUCAAUGACGGUGGAGGAGAGCGAUGAGGGGAAAUGCUUCAGUAGCAAAAUCCGCCAUCUGGAGAAAGCUGAGAUAACCCACAGCAAAAUGAUCAACUGCCCUGAUAUAGAAGACUAUUUGGCUCCAUACAAGCAACCGCAGAUGACCUGGUAUAAGGAGUGUGAGCGAGUUGAAUGGAGGAGCUCCAUCACCGUUAACACCACACAUAUUUGGAUUCCUGAGAUAGAGGAGGGCGACGGGGGGAAUUACACCUGUGAAUUACAGUAUGGAUCCAGGCUGGUGCGACGGACAACACAACUCAAAGUCACAGCCCUCCAGACCACUCAGCCUCCAAAGGUCCUUUUCCCCCCAGAAAGGCAGGACACAGUGAUAGAGAUCACGCCUGGUAUGCCUCUCAGUCUGGACUGCAAGGCCUUUUUCGGCUACAGCGGAGAGAACAGAAGACCCAUCAUCUACUGGAUGAAAGGAGAAAAGUUUGUGGAAGAACUGGCAGGACAUAUUAAAGAAAGUGAAGUCAGGAUCCUGAGGGAGCAUUUAGGGGAGAAGGAGGUGCAGCUUUCCUUAACAUUUGACGCUGUGGAGGAGGCAGACCUGGCCAACUACACCUGUUACGUGGAGAACCACAUUGGGAGGCGAAGUGGGAGUGCCAUACUGCAAAAGAAAGAUAUGUAUCGUCUGGAGUUGGCUGGUGGUCUCGGGGUCAUUUUGCUGCUUCUGGGAGUCCUAACCGCACUUUAUAAGUGUUACAACCUGGAGAUCAUGCUCUGCUACAGGAGGCACUUUGGGAGUGAUGAAACUGAAGAUGAUAAUAAGGAGUACGAUGCAUAUCUGUCCUACACUAAAGUGGACCUGGACUCUUUGGGCAGCAGGACCAGCAGCGAUGAGGAAACGUUUGCUUUGGAGAUCUUGCCGGAUGUUUUGGAGAAACACUAUGGAUACAAGCUGUUUAUACCAGACAGAGAUUUAAUACCCAGCAGCACCUACAUUGAAGACUUGGCUCGCAGUGUGGAGCAGAGUAGACGUUUGAUCAUCGUUCUGACUCCAGAGUUUGUUGCCAAAAGAGGUUGGAGCAUCUUCCAGAUAGAAACACGCCUCCACUCCAUGCUGGUUACCGGCGAGAUCAAGGUGAUCAUGAUAGAGUGUGCAGACCUGAAGAACGUCAUCAACUACCAAGAAGUGGAAGCACUUAAACAUACAAUCAAGGUUUUAUCCAUCAUCAAGUGGAGGGGUCCUAAGAGCAACGAGCUGUCCUCUAAGUUUUGGAAACAGGUGGUCUAUGAGAUGCCUGCUAAACGCAGAGAGACACUGUCCAGACGCCAGGUAAUGGACUCUGGUGAACAAGGCCUCUUUGGUGACCUACAGACCACCGUCUCCACUAUCGCCAUGACAACCACCUCUGCCUCUCUGGCGCCCCCUAACGAGAAUCGCCACGGACAUCAUCAGGUUGCCUUGGCGACAGAGAUCCCCGACUACAACCAGAUGACCUUGCCACUGGGAGGGGGUCACACUGCCACAGCAGCCCAAAUGCGGCACUUCUGUCGCAGCUAUGAGUUCCAACUUCCCCCACAGCCCUCCUCCAUGUCACCACCCCUCCCUCCCCCCUCCACGGUGCAGUUCUCCACUCUGGGCCCCGGGGGGCGCCAUGUCUAUUGCAACAUCCCUAUGACACUGCUGAAUGGACAGGUGCCUCAGAGCAGUACGCUUGGGAAGAAACCAGAACUCCACCUGAACAGCACCUUCGUACCACUCACCAGCAGAGAACUAAGCUCUGACAUCUGGUAGACGGACUCAUCAACUGGUGCUGGAUUACACACCAGCUCACAGACUGGUUUUCACUGGCUUUUGGUGGACUGGUUGGUUGAUUGGUUUUCACUGGGGUUUGUAGGAUGUGUACAGACUUGGCGUUGGACUGGCUUUCGAGAGAGACUGCCUGCAGACUGCUUUUGGGCCACUUCGUUGUGUGCUGUGAAGAAAUGACUCCUUAAAGACUGCAUAAGGCUUGGCUUCACACUUGUUUGGUAAACUGGCCGCAGACUGCUUAGAGACAAAUUCAGAUUAUACUGCACACUGGUUUUGGACCUACUGACUGGUUACAGACUGACACCAACUGGGAUGUACAAGAAGAUGAGCACUGGAAAGGAUUAAAGAACUACAAAAGUUACUGAAAAGGAUGCCGAAUCAAUGGGUAUCUGCAGACAGCUGUACUCUGAUUGUCCAACGAACAGCUAAGUUGGAUGCUGGAGCGCACUAAGGUUUCUCCUAGAUCUGCUCACACACCAGCUGUUGUGAAAACCAACGUAGCGCGACCUUAGACUGCCAGUCGAUCUUCUACCUGUCUGAGUUCUCAGAAUAUCGAUUUACCUGUUGACUAGGUGGCUUGUCCGAGGCAGACAUCAAGCAAUGAUUUUGGAUUACCAGACCACCUUAAAACAACUAGUCAACCUCUAGAAAUACUGCUCUACAGCUAGCUACCUGGAAAACCAGCCAGCUCAUCACCUUGUAACGCAGUAACUGUCCAAGAAGCGAACUGGCCAAGAGAUGAACUGUCAACUUUCACCACUGAGCUAUAAAAGCAUUAAAGGACUUGGCUUUUUUCUAUUUGCAUGUCCACCCAUUUAGAUAAAAAAUAAUCAAAUAAACAUAGAUAAAAGAGUAAAUGACACAAUCAUUUGUCGCAGCCUCUUUAAAAAGCAGAGGCUAAUAAACAUCUUAUGUUGAUACGGUAUAUUUGUUUUUUGUUUGGCCAUGGCGUAAUGAUAAAAACUGAUAAAGGGAAAAAAGGAGGUGUCCCUCCAAAAACAUUUCUCUUAUUUAUUUUUAUUCCGUUUUAUCCUUUUAGAAGGUUAGUGAGAGUUUUUACCGGCCUUUGUUUUUACUGUCUGUUUGUUGCAAUUAUCUCUGUACAGCUUUCAUAACUUAUGUAUAGACCUAUACAUGGCAGUGAUAUGUUCCCUACAGUUUCUGUUGACAGCCACAUUAAGUGUGUGCUACAGAGCCUCUAACUACUUUUGUUCUGUUACUCUUUUCAUGGAUGAACGGAUGGAUGAACGGAUGGAUGGAUGGAUGGAUGGAUGGAUGGAUGGAUGGAUGGAUGGAUGGAUGGAUGUCUGUCUACUGGCAGUACAACCCUGCUAAUGGACCCUCCAAAAAAUGGACCUUUUUUUUGACCUGACCACAACCAGUCAGCCAAAGGGGGGCUUCACCGCGUUAAAAAGCUGUACUCCAAGCUGAAUCAGACCACAUUCUUCUUUGUGAGCUUUAAAAAACAAGAUUAUUACCAUAAUAUUUAAGCAACGUGGAAAAUGUUUUGAAUUUACACAAAGGUACUGUCAUUGUCUUAUUAGAACCAAUGAAUUCUGAAUAUUUGAGAUUGUUUGAUACAAUAAUUAAUUAUUUGAGUUGUUAUAUUCGAUGGCAAUAUACAGUAUAGUGGUUGUCCUUUAGUUUCUGCUAAUUUCUUUGACUAUUCUUUGGAUAUAUUGGUUGACAAUUUAACUGAGAGCAAAUAAAAACUAUAUGAGUUGUUUUAUACA